UGGAGUUUUCUUUUGAUGCAGGUGGUGGUGGAAAGGGAGAGUGAAGAAGAAAGAAGAGAAGAGGAGAAAGAAGAUGGAAAAGGAGGAGUGGUGGUGGAAGAGAAGGAGAGAGAGGAAGAGGAUUUGGAGAAAGGAAAAGUGGGAGCUUUUGUUGAAGAAAAUAGAUUAGGGAUGAAUGAAGAAGAAAGAGACCAUUUUCAUGUGUCAAUGUUGCAGACAUUGAACCCGACAAACCCUCUAAGGAUUGUAAUCAAUGGUGGUACAAGAGUGGCUACUCCUUCCCCUUCCCAGUCUUCUCGCUUUCAGACACCUCCUCCUCCUCGUUCUCAGCCUCGUUCUACACCGACUCCACAACAAUCAGUGACAACACUGAAUUCAAGAAGAUUCACCAACAAAAUAAGCCUAUUAUUAUACUUGGUGCAUAAGGUUGCGGCUAUUGCUCUAGUGGGUUUUCUUAUCUUCAAGGGAAUUCAAGGGCUAAUCGAUGCAUCAAACCCUGCGAAACGGAAGGAGGAAAGGGUUCUUAAAUAUUUAUUGCCACAAGUUGAAGCAGCAUCUCUUUUGAGCAUCACUCUCGCAUUUGCUUGGCAAAAGGCUGUGCGGGAAUGGCCUCGGAUCAUGGUUUACUUCAUCCUCUGGUGCACUUUCUUCAUGUCUUUAUCUGCCGGGAUCCUUCUGAUCUGCUUCCAAAAGCCUUCCACCGAUGGUGUUGGAGUCUGCUUCAUUGCGUUUGCCAUCGGUAAUGGCUUGUAUGCUUGUUGGGUCUCUCAGCGAGUCGGUUUUUGUUUCAAGGUGUUGCUCAAAGCACUGGAACCGGUCGACAAAUUCCCCGACUUAAACCAACCUGCAUAUUGGAUGCUUGGGUCUGGGUUCUUGUGGAUGUCCCUAUGGAUCUUGGCUGUGGUUGGAGCCUUGAAUUUCUACUACCCACCACUGGUCAUAAUUGCAUUGGUGUUAAGCUUGGCUUGGACAACUGAAGUGAUGAGGAAUGUAGUUAAUUUGACAGUUAGCAGGGUGAUUGCUCUAUAUUAUCUAAGAGGAAUGCAGUCCAACACUCAGUUCUGCUUCCAGAGAGCCUUGACCCGGAAUCUCGGGAGUGCUUGUCUCGGUUCUUUAUUUGUGCCGGCAAUCGAAGCCUUGAGGAUCGUUGCCAGAGGCUUGAAUUUGCUCGAAGGAGAAGAUGAAUUUAUGUUCUCUUGUGCUCAUUGCUGUCUCAAUGUUAUGCAGUCCAUCUUCAGAUAUGGAAAUGGGUGGGCAUAUGUACAGAUAGCUGCCUAUGGAAAAGGAUUCGUUAAGGCAUCGCAAGAUACUUGGGCACUAUUCGAGAGGGAAGAAAUGGUACCGAUCGUGGAUUCCGACAUGACCAGCGCGAUUUGCUUCCUCACAGGCGUUUGCAGUGGCUCAAUUUGUGUUAUUGUUGUGGCUGCUUGGACUGCUACGGUCCACGAACCCUUUACUGCCACCAUCUCCCUCCUUGCCUUCUUCGUUGGAUACCUCAUGACGAGGAUCGCCAUGGCAUUGCCGCAUGCAUGUGUGAGCUGUUACUACGUUUGCUAUGCUGAAAAUCCCGAGAACCGAUUGUUUGACAAAACGAUAAAAGAGCGCCUGGAAAUGAUAAAGACAGGUCGUGAUGCGGUGAUGCCGACGCCUCGUGUACCCCGUCGAUUUACGAGAUAGCUGGUGCCGGUGAGUUGAAAA